CGUCAGCGCGCAUGCGCAGCCCGGGUGACGAAGAUGGUGCUCAUCAAGGAAUACCGUGUAGUGUUGCCAGUCUCUGUGGAAGAGUAUCAAGUAGGGCAGCUGUUCUCUGUGGCUGAGGCCAGCAAGAAUGAGACCGGAGGAGGAGAAGGCAUCGAGGUGCUGAAGAACGAACCCUACGAGAAGGAUGGCGAGAAGGGACAGUACACGCAUAAAAUAUACCAUCUAAAGAGUAAAGUCCCAGGGUUUGUGAAGAUGAUUGCACCAGAGGGAGCAUUAGUUUUUCACGAAAAGGCCUGGAACGCCUACCCAUACUGUCGCACGAUUGUGACGAAUGAGUACAUGAAGGACGACUUUAUGAUUAAGAUCGAGACGUGGCACAAACCUGACAUGGGAACAAUAGAAAAUGUCCACGACCUCGACGAGCAGACAUGGAGGUCUGUGGAGGUGGUGCCCAUAGAUAUUGCAAACAAAGAUGAAGUGGCCCCUGGGGACUACAAGGAAGAAGAAGAUCCUGCUCUUUUCCACUCCGCCAAGACAGGCAGAGGACCUCUAAGCCCCGACUGGAAGAAUGAGCUGUCGACAGACUGUCCUCACAUGUGUGCAUACAAACUGGUCACUGUCAAGUUCAGAUGGUGGGGACUGCAAACCAAAGUGGAAGGUUUCAUCCAGAGGCAAGAAAAGCGUAUUUUCACCAACUUCCACCGCCAGCUGUUCUGCUGGAUCGACAGAUGGGUGGGAUUGACCAUGGAGGACAUCAGGCGGAUGGAGGAGGAGACCCAAAAAGAGCUUGAGGAGAUGCGUCAGAAGGGAGAUGUGCGAGGGACCUCUGCGACAGAAGAGUAGAGGCCCGUCGCUGUAGGUCAAACUCUAGAGGCAGGCUGACUGCGUAGUAAAGGUCCGAUUCGAGGCACCAGUGCUGCUCAUGAGCAAUGAGGCAAAUCAACCAAACCCUGUCAUGAUGAUGUCAUCAGAGACACGUCCAACCACGAUGAGGAAGUGGCUCCACGACGUCGCCUCUUCUCUUCCUGUCUCACAUGAUUCAUUGGGGGGUUUGACAAGUUUGGUUAACAGUACUGUACAGAUCCUUCCCCCUCCCCCGAAAAAAGAAAAAAAAUCACAAGCCUCCUGUUCACUCAGAAAACAAAACAAAACAAACAAAAAAAGGUUUUGCAUACAUAUAAAAAGAAAAAAAAAACUCUUUGCACAGAACGUAACUUGCCUGACAUGUAAUUGUUAGUUGAUUAUUACAAUGGGCUUUGUUUUUAUUCAGGUGUGUAAACCGUGACUCAGACAGUCAAGCCUUUUAAAUUAAUUAGAAUGUUUUUAGUAAACAGCUUCCCACAGAAAUUAUUGGUAUCAGAUGGCUCGCAGGUAUUGGACCAUUUAUCUCCCACCUCCUCUGCUCCCCUUGUAUUAUAACUGUCUGUCUCUACUUUAAUCCUUGUCUCUCCCCUCAAUAUCGUCUAUAUUCUCGUCCUGAUGAAAUGUGUCUGGAUCUCCUCCCCCCCUUUGUCUCACUGUCCCCUCUGUCUGGCAGUUGUUUAGGAAAAAAACUGAUGUUUUUAUUUUAUUUUUUUUUUUUAAUUUUUUUUCUUUCUCUUAUCGUUUUUAAUUUUUCGAGGCUAAAACCCAACAACGGCCUGUUUUGUGGUUCAAAGCAAAAAAAAUUUAACGCUCCCGCAUGAUCGAUGAAUCUCUGCUACCGUUCCCGCCACAUGUCGACGUGCACAGCCAGCCUCUUCCUCCUCUUCCUCCUCCUCUUCCUCCUCCUCCCCCUCCUCUUCCUCCUCCUCCUGCCGUCACAAGUGCAUGUGGACAACAGCAGCUCCUCACUAAACUGUCGUUGCAUGUGUAUAGUCGCUGCAAUGCAGCUUCGCUCAAGUGGAUUGUUUGUGUUGAUUAGCGAGGAGGGUCGGCGCCCUCCAGGAGAGUCUGUACGAUAAUACACCCGUGUGUUAGUGUGUGUGUGUGUGUGUGUGUGUGUGUGUGUGUGUGUGUGUGCUUUGUGUUAUCAGCUGCCUUCGCUCUUAAAGGACCGUCGCUCCUCGGGACUGAGACGGAGAACGUUCAGCUUUAACACCGUCGAGGCUUCUUGAGCGGCCCGUUGAACUCGCUGCAUGUCCUUUCUCCUCCUCGGCGUUGGGGGGCUGUAAACCUGGAGGACCUCCACAGAAGCUUCUUGUUUUUCUUUUUUUAAACUAAAAAAAAAACCAGAUGAGGAUGAGAGUCUGUGCAUUGCUGCGUGCAUGAACAUGAAUCAAGGUAGUUUUUUAGUUUUUCUUUUUAUAUCCUUCUCUUAACUACCGCUUCCUCUCUGAGCUGACGGAGCACCCAUGGGUCCAGGCAGAUGUUUGUUUGUUUGUUUGUUUGUUUGUUUGUUUGCAGCUGUGGUUGAGUUGAGCGUAUAGUCUUGAGUGUAUAGUUUUUAUUUUCUAUUUUCACCAUGUAUACUGAUUUUUCAAAUAAAGCUUUUCAUCUACCUGAACUGCAGGAGAGUGUGAGUGGACCCUCACAGUGUAGAUCGGUGCAGGAUGAUGAUGAUGAUGAUGAUGAUGAUGAUGAUGGUGGCAUCUUUUAACCCGGCAUCACUUCUUCUUGUUUUUCUUUCCUUUCUGGCAGCAUCGUCUCCAGGUCGCAGCCAUUUUAUCACAGCAAGCAUCUUUUUUUUUUGGUUUUUGGAGCGUACUGCAGAAUCCCGUCGGGCUCUAGGUUAAAAAAAAAAACAAACAUUCUGUGACGUUUUUAUAUGACGAUGACGUAGAUUAGCGCGGUUACACACAGCUAGGAUUAAAAGUCGUUGUGUAUCGAGUCGGGCGUGAGUGUGUAGGUGUUUGUCGUUACCUGAUCCGUGCGUUGGUUUGUUGUUGGACGAGUUUUAAAAGAAGAAAGAGAGUUUUAAGUGUACUUUAUUAUAGACCCGUUUAUAGAAAUGGAACAAACUGUACAUACAAACACUGACUUGAAUGGAAAACUCACAGCUACUCAGCUUCGUCAGGUCUUUCAUUGGAUACUGUACCGCUCAGAGCGACGUCUCAGUGAGUGAUGACGUCAUCGUCUGAGCAGGUGAUGUCAGCUCUGUGGAUGGUGUGUGUGUGUGUGUGUGUUGUGUGAGAGAGUGUGUGUGUGUGUGUGAAGCGGAGCAGGCUGUCCACGCAUUGUCGCUCAUUCUGUACCUCAUCCACGCUUAUGAAUGUACAGCUCCGGGAGACGAGACGUGUCCAAAACUAUGCAGGACGUCUCCUGAGCUGCGGACGUGUUUCACACCUGUACAGGCGUGACGUGGAGCCGUGACAUCACCCGAACACACACCAGGAGGGAUUCAACAACAAACACAACAAACGCAAACUACAAAGAUUUGGAUCUGCAUGCUCAACACUCUUGUUUAUUCUUUUCCUUUUUCUUUUCCUCGGUUUUUUUUUUUUUACUCUCCGUUUGAUCAGGACAUCAGUGCGUCAGACAAGAAGGGAAAUCCUCUUUUGUUUUUUUUCUUUACAGAGGCGGCUUCCCCUCCCCUCGAAGUCAAACUGGGUUCAGCGACUCGACAGCCGCACUGAGUUUGACGGUGACGGGGAGUCGACCUCGAGUCGUGCGUUAGAAUCGGGCUGCGUGAUGUUCGAGUCGUGUCGCGUCAGCGGUGAUGCCAGCCAGGGUUCGACUGUGAGGGGAGGGACAGACGCUGAGGGAACAGACGGAGUCCAAAAUACUGUUUUCUUUUUCUUUUUCUUUCUUUAUUGUAAUCAUGAAUCAGCACUUGCAAAAUCUACUGGGUUUUUUUUUCUGUUUUUUGUUUUUUCUUUGAUGUUUUUCUUUCUUUCAUUUGUUUUUCUUUUUGAAAGACAAAGAUUCACAAUGUAUUCAAAUUUUCUGAUUUUCUGAUAAAAGGCAAAAUUCAGGGGAAUUAGUAGUGAAUGUAAAAAAAAAAACAAUUAGUUCCUUUUUUUUUUCUUUUUCUUCGUUUUUGUUUCUUUCUCACGGCGUCCGUGCUGUGACAGAAGGUCUAGACAAUGGAACAUAACAGAAUAUCUAAUAAAUUUGAACAAAUAAGAGAAUC